AAGAUCGAAGUUUCGUAAGUUGUUCGAUCGAGGAGGACACGCGUGAACAAUUUGGAAGAAUUUGUAGAAGAAAAUAUUUAGGUUAUAGAAUAUGAAAAAAUUCUGAUUAGGGAUAGGUUUUUCAGGUUGGACAUAUAUAUAUAUAUGUAGAAUAUUUGUUGAUGAAGAUUUUGAUCGUGGUUGUAGUUUCUGUUAUUCGUUUUUAAUUAAAUUGAGAGGGAGGAUUGAGAAUUUUUGAAAGGGUGAGAAUGACGGACGAGAAGGAUCUGAACGAGGUAUUGUGCGUGAAGAAUGUGGUGAAGACGAUGAAUGGGAAUGAGAAAGGCAAUGAUAAUUCGUUGGAAACGAAGGUUUACAAGAAACGAUGGCUGAUGCUGAGUUUAUUUACCGUGUACACGGGAAUGAGCAACUUCCAGUGGAUUCAAUAUUCUAUAGUCAGCAAUAUAGUGAGCAGAUAUUAUGGCGUCUCUUCAUUGGCUGUCGACUGGACAGCAAUGGCAUUUAUGGCUUAUUACCUGAUUUUCAUCUUUCCUGCCACGUACAUGGUGAACCGAUGGGGACUUAGAUGGAGUAACAUUAUAGGAUGUUGUGUCACGUGCCUUGGUUCGUGGAUUAAGGUUUUAUCUGUCAGCCCUGACAGAUUUUGGGUCACUUUCAUUGGACAAUCCUUGGUUGCUUCUACACAGACUAUAAUUCUAACGUUACCCGGACGUCUGGCAGCGCAAUGGUUCGCCGCCGACGAACUUUCCACGGCUACGUCGUUAAGCAUUUUUGGCAACCAAAUGGGGAUAGCUUUAAGUUUCUUAAUUACACCGAUAAUCGUGAAAAAUCAUGAGGAUCUAGAGGAUAUUGGCGCUGGCUUGUCGCAUCUAUUUUGGGGCGUAGCUAUCAUCUUGACAGUUGUGUUUAUACUGAUCGUAAUACUAUUCGAGGACGAUCCAAAAAUACCGCCGAGUAAAACACGAGCUCUUCAAAAAUUGAAUGAAAUGGAGGUCGAGGAAAGUUUGAUAGAGCCAAUUAAGAGAUUGUUCAAGAACAAGUAUUAUAUGUCGCUUUGCAAUUCGUAUGGUUUGAGUAUCGGUGUUUUGAACGCCGUAGGAACAUUGUUGAAUCAAAUAUAUCUCGCGCAUUUCGAGAAUGGUGAGGAAGACGCGGGUAGAAUCGGUUUGGUCUUGAUCAUUACAGGGAUGAUAGGUUCUGUCAGUUUUGGAGUGAUUCUCGAUAAAACGCAUAAGUACAAGGAAACGGCUGUGAUCGUGUAUUUUCUCUCACUCGGCGGCCAGAUAUUCUUUUCUACCUUCACGUUCCUCGAAAUGAAAUGGAUGGUGUAUUUGGGCUCCGUUUUUCUAGGGUACUUCUUAGUUGGAUACGUGGCCUUAGGAUACGAAAUGUGCGCGGAAUACACGUAUCCGGAAUCCGAGGGGAUAACGGCGGGAAUUUUGAACGUGGCUAAUAACGUUUACGGGAUUGUCCUCAUUCUGAUAAUGGGUCGGUUGCUCGAGGUGUACGGGGAUAUUCCGGUGCACGUGGGCCUUUGUAUAGCGCUGCUCAUCGGGUUUAUCAUGACCUUGUUGACGAAGGACGUGCAAAGGCGUCAGGAUGCCAGAAAUGGCGUCCACUACGUCGGUGUUGAACAGAGCGAAAAGGGCAACGAGCGCAAUGGACUCGAGAAAAAUUAAUUUAACUACUGUGUAUU